CGUAACAGUACCGAAUCAGUAAGCCAUGGUGAAGGAAACGGGAUUUUACGACGUACUCGGGGUAAAGCCUGGCUGCUCCCCGGAAGACCUGAAAAAGGCGUACAGAAAGCUCGCGAUGAAGUACCAUCCGGACAAAAACCCGAACGAGGGUGAGCGCUUCAAGCAAAUUUCAAUGGCGUACGAGGUACUCUCGGACCCGGAAAAGAAAGCGAUCUAUGACGAGGGGGGCGAGGCCGCCAUCAAGCAGGGUGGUGCGGGAGGUGCGGGCGGUUUCCACAGCCCGAUGGACAUCUUUGACGUGCUGAUUAACGGCGGAAUGGGCAGCAGGCGGGAGCAGCGCGGCCAGGAUCUUGUGCACAAAUUGGCCGUGACGCUCGAGGAGCUGUACAGUGGCGCAACCCGGAAGCUGUCCCUGCAAAAGAGCGUUAUCUGUGAUGGGUGCGAUGGCAUCGGUGGCAAGAAGGGUACGGUGCACAAGUGCGCCCCCUGCAACGGUACGGGCAUCGUGACGAAAGUGCACCACAUCAUGCCCGGCUUCAUGCAGCACAACAAAGUGGCGUGCCGUGCCUGCCAGGGCCAGGGCGAGGUGUUUGACGAGAAGCAUAAAUGCAAAAAGUGCGACGGCCAGAAGAAGGUGCGCGACAAGAAGAUACUGGACGUACACAUCGAGAAGGGAAUGCAGAACGGCCAGAAGAUCGUGUUCAGCGGCGAAGGCGACCAGGAACCGGGUCUGCAGCCGGGUGACAUUGUGAUAACGCUGGCAGAGAAAAGUCAUCCGGUGUUUAGGCGUUCCGGCAAGGAUUUGCUGAUGGAGAUGCGGCUGGAGCUGUCCGAGGCGUUGUGUGGCUUCCAGAAGGUGAUCACUACGCUGGACAAGCGAAGUCUCGUCAUUACCUCGCUGCCCGGCGAAGUCAUCAAGCAUUCGGCCUUCAAGUGUAUCAUGGACGAGGGUAUGCCGCAGUGGAAGAAUCCGUUCGAGAAGGGACGGCUCAUCAUCCAGUUCCGGGUCGUGUUUCCGGACUCGCUGCCGGGCGAUGCGGCGAAGCUGCUGGAACAAUGUUUGCCCCCGAAACCCUCCGAAGUAAUUCCGCUGGACGUGGAAAUGGUGGAGCUGGUCGAGCUCGAACCGGAGCAUAUGAACCGCAACCAAUACAAGAACGCGUACGAAGAGGACGACGAGGAAGGUGGCACUCCGGGCGUAAGGAUUCAGCAGUGUGCCACGAGCUAAAUUU